AUGGCUCCCUCACAAAUGGAAAAUCAACAAGAACAAACUUUGGGCCAAGGAUACACCCACAAGAAGUUCAACUGCGGCUAUUCACACAAAAAAUUGGGUCUACGUCUCAGAAAACGUGAGCAGGAAAAUAAAGAAAAUCUCUCGCAAAAUCAAAGUGAUCAAGUCAAAUCAAACAAACCUGCAUCUAAAGGACUCUUCCGUCCUUAUGCCUUAGAUAACAACAAUACCCCCAGAAAACGUAAACUCUCUACAUCAUCAGAAUCGUCAGAGGAAAGUUAUUACACACCUAUCAUCACAUCAGCCCAAACAUCAUAUUCAUAUCAGCAGCAAUCAUCACAACUUGGGAUAACAGCUACUGCAACAUCCUCUCCUCAGACUUGUCCAUCUCCCGCCCUAAGUCCCAAUUCCUAUGCCAUGCGCUUACAAAGACAACGUGCUGCCCUCUAUAUGCGUUAUAUGAUGCAAAUGCAACAACAAAAUCCCACUGCUGUACAAACUGCAACCGGUUAUCCCAUGGGUUAUCCCAAUAUUACAGCUCCCAUUUUCAAUGGUUUCUAA